AUGUUGCUUAUUGAAUACCAUACAAGACGCCUUCCUUUGAUCCUAUUGGCAACGGUCAUCUUUGCACAAUUGCUUGAUGCGCAAGGUGACACUCACGAUUCAUCUAUUCCUGGAUACAACAGUCCACCCGUUCAAGGAGCGUUGUUAACAGGUCCCUUGGGUGAGCCAUCGUCAUUGAACCAGCUUCAAGUCCCAGUGGUCCCACCCACACCAACAGCAACAACAACAACCCAAGGUUCUCCCACAAAUGAGCCUACCGUCACUGGCACCCCUAUUACAACGACAUCACCUACAGCUACUGAAACAGCCCAUUCAACUACAUCCACUACCACUAAUGCACAUGGUACCACAACCCCAUCAGCCACACAUGGUCCCACAAGUGAUGCAUGCAUGUUAAAGAGUGUCUUUGGUGUCUACUCUAUCAUCUACGUUUCCAUCUUUCUUUUUAUGUAUGCCAUCGUUUAA